AUGGCCCGGCCGUGGCUCCAUCUCUGCAUCUGCCUCCAGAUCCCAGGUUUCUGUACAAAUCUACUUUUAUCCCAGACUCCAAGGAAUAUUUUAGCCCAAACUAACAAUAGAACAGAAAUCCUCUGUGAGCUGAAGAAGGAGCACGCCGGGGUGUACUGGUACCGCUGGAGCCAGGAGAGGCAAAAUUUCGAGUUCUUGGUAUUUUCCAACCCGCUGGGUAAAGCCACGUACGGCGCAAACAUCAGCCAGGAGAAGUUUAGUGUCUAUGGGGCGAGGUCCCACAGCUCCUACAGCCUGCACAUCAGCCACCUCCACGCCUCCGACAACGGCACCUAUUACUGCUCCAUCUCCCAGUCCUCCCAGCUCCUCCUGGGCAGCGGGACACGGCUCGGUGUGGUCGAUGUUUUGCCUCUGCCUCCAAAGAGCACUCAGGCACCGCUCCCCAAAAAGCCUGCAGGGUGCAUAACCAAAAGCAAAGCUGCCAUCAAGAAAGGUGCCUGCAGCCCCCUGGUCUGGAUCCCCCUGGCCACCAGCGUCCUGGUCCUUCUGCUGAGCCUGGUCCCUACCGCCUACCGCCUGCACCGUCUGCGGCGGAGGCUGUGGCUUCGUGUCCAUAGGCAGUAA